GGCCGACAACGUGACAUCGGAAUUCAAGAUGCCUACGACUCGUUCUGGAACCGCCGGGGCGGCUGAGGCGGCCGCUGCGGAAGAGGUAGAGACUUCCGUCACGUCGGGGUCCAGUGAGCUCCAUGAGUUGCAGGAUCAGCUUGCGACGUUGACAGAGUUGGUUACUCAGCAGGCCGCGGCAGCACGACAGCAGAUGGACGCUGCGCGUCGGCAGGAGGACAGGAUGAAGAGGUUAGAGGAUCUAUUACUGCGGCAGACGACCGAUAGAGAGAUUCCAGGUUCUGUACCUCCGGAUUCUGUACCUAUAGUACCAGAGAGGGGCACCACAGUGAGAGCACAGUCACCGGUACCCGAUACACCCCCAGUAGCUCCGAGGGCAGAGACCCGACAGGAGACAGUAGUACCACCACCAGUACCUGUAGCAGCAGCUGGGACAGUGUUACCCGAGAUGGUGGGGGUUGAGGAGCGAGAGCGGAUGAUGGAACGACUGAAUGAAUUCCGUCGCUGCAACCCUCGUGUCUUUGAUGGGGAGAAAGCAGAUCAUUGGGUGGUUGAAAAAUGGUUAAUGCAUAUGGAGAAACUAUUCUAUGACACUUUUGUUGAGGAGCGGUACCGAGUUUGGUUUGCGACACACCACCUUGAUGGCGAGGCUUACAGGUGGUGGGUGGACAUCCGGGAGGAUCCCCGUGCUGAUUUGUCUGCUAUCACGUGGAACAGGUUCAAGGAGUUGUUGUUGACUACCUAUUUUCCACAGAGUGUGAAGAGGCAGAUGGAAAGGGAUCUGAGGAACUUGAGACAGGGGGACAGGACAGUGGCUGAGUACGAGCGAGAGUUCUCUCGAUUACUGCACUGUGUUCCUUUUGUAGUCCGAGACGAUGAGGACAAGGCUCGUAUUUUUGAGGUGGGUUUGCGACCUGCGAUCUUCAGAUUGGUCCAGGCGUCAAACCUCUCCACUUACCGGGACGUCGUGAACCGGGCUUUGAUUGUUGAGAAGGGGGCAGAAAUCAUGAAGGAAAGAGAUGUUGUGGAUCGAAGCAAAGGCAAGAGACCAGCAGCUGAGAGCAGUGGUCAGCAGGCCUUCAGGAGACCGCCAAAGUAUCCGAGGGGACAGUCAGGACAGUCGAGGGGUCGAGGAUCUUCACCAGGGCACCCCGACAGCGCCUUAUCAGUCUAG